AUGUCUGCCAAGGCCAGUUCCAGCUCCGGUUCCCAUCCGGACAAUGGCCAUCUUGACCCAAUAUGGCAGCAACUCGACUGGGCGAUUGGACAGACGCUGAUAAUGGGCUGGGAUGGAACCGAAGUCACUCCCCAGGUGAGGAGCCUCAUUGAGGACCAUCACGUCGGCUCCAUCAUCCUCACGGCCAAAAAUUUAAAGUCGGCCCAGCAAACGACGAGCCUCGUUCAAGAACUGCAAACCAUUGCCAAGAACGCCGGUCAUCCCGUUCCGCUGCUCAUUGCCCUCGAUCAAGAGAACGGCGGGGUCAACAGCCUCUUUGACGAAGACUAUGUUUGCCAGUUUCCGAGCGCCAUGGGCGUCGCCGCCACCGGUCGUGCCGAGCUGGCGUACGAGAUAACCAGGGCGACGGCCAUGGAAAUCUCGGCCUGCGGGGUCAAUCUGAUGCUCGGUCCCGUUCUUGACGUCCUCAACAAUGCCCGCUAUCAACCGCUCGGAGUGCGGGCGACCGGUGACGAUCCCCAGGAGGUUUCGCAGUACGGCCUCGCCGCCCUGAGGGGCAUUCGUGAUGCAGGCAUGGCCUCGUGCGGAAAGCAUUUCCCUUCCUACGGAAACCUCGACUUUCUCGGCUCCAACCUCGACGUGCCCAUCAUCACGCAGACGUUGGAGGAAUUGAGUCUGAGUGCGCUCGUCCCCUUCAGGAACGCCGUCGCCUCGGGUCAGCUGGACGCCAUGUUCGUCGGCGGCUGCGGCAUCUCGAACCCCUCCAUGAACGUCAGCCACGCCUGUCUUUCCGACCAGGUCGUCGACCACCUGCUUCGGAGCGAACUGGGAUUCCAGGGCGUCGCCAUCUCCGAAUGCUUGGAGAUGGAGGCCCUUAGCCAAGACCUCGGCGUCCAGAACGGCGUCGUCAUGGCCCUCGAAGCCGGCUGCGACCUCAUCCUGCUUUGCCGUGCCAUGGACAUCCAGCUGGAGGCCAUCAAGGGUCUCAAGUUGGGACACGAAAACGGCAUCAUAACCAAGGAGAGGAUAUUCACCUCCCUCCGCCGCGUUCUGAAGCUCAAGGCAACCUGCACCUCCUGGUCCAAGGCGCUCAACCCUCCGGGCAUCUCCCUCCUCUCCCAGCUCCACACAUCCCAUCUCAAGCUCUCCAAGAAGGCGUACGACGACUCCAUCACCGUCCUUCGAGACAAGGAAAAGCUCCUCCCUUUGGGCAGCUCGAUGCACCCAGGCGAGGAGCUCCUGCUCCUCACGCCGCUUGUCAAACCCCUUCCCGCCUCCGCCAUGACCAAGGCGCUUCUCAGCUCAAAGGGCGGUUCCUCGAAUGCGCCGACAAAUCACGACAUGUGGUCGCAUCGAGAGAGGGGUUCCAUCAUGAGCGGAGAGGGAGUCUUUCGAGAGUUUGGCAAGAAUCUUGCCCGGUUCCGUAAUGAGAAGCUGCUCCACACCAGCUACACCGCCAACGGAGUGAGGCCAGUGCACGAGAACCUCAUCAACAGAGCGUCGUGCAUCGUCAUCGUCACGGCGGACGCAAACCGAAAUCUGUAUCAAGCCGGCUUCACCAAGCACGUCGACAUGAUGUGCUCCAUGCACAAGAGCCGCGGGAAUAAGAAGCAGCUCAUCGUCGUCGCCGUGAGCUCUCCGUACGAUUUCGCCAUGGACAAGUCCAUCGGCACCUACAUAUGCACCUUUGACUUUACCGAAAAUGCCAUGUCGGCCCUGCUGCGCGUCCUCGUCGGCGAGGUCGAUCCGCCGGUUGGGAGCAUGCCCGGCACGCUUCGCAAGAGCAAACGGGUGCUCAAGUCGCGGCAGCAUUGGCUCGUCGAAGAGUACGAUCGAUCGCGGGACGCCACGGGCCUUGGCGACCUACUCCGCGCCGUUCACCGUGCGACGGCGCCCGAUCUGGAGUUUCUCAAGACCACGACGGCCGCUUCGUUCGAGCUCAAUUCGUCGGCCAUCAAGGAGGCGCACUUCGUGGUCAGAAACAGCAGCACGCAAGCGCUGUACGGCUUCGUCGCCACGUACUAUACCGCCGGCGUGGGUAUGCUCGGUGCCAUCUUCGUCGAUCCCACGAAGCGAAACGUCUCCAUCGGUCGAUCCCUGCACCGGCGAGCCCUGAAAAGCCUGGAUCGGCAAAAAGGCCUCAAGAAGGUCCAGAUCGGGAUGCCCUUCCCCGGUGUCUUCUUGGGGAUUCCCUCCAACCUCGAGCUGAGCACGGUUAAGGAAUGGUUUGGCAACAGCGGCUGGGACACGCAGCUUCCUCGAAGGCUGACCAACAUGAUCAUCGCCGACCUCGCCAACUGGCUCAUCCCCGAGGGUCUGUUGCAGAACAUCCAAAGGGCGAGCCUCGCCUUUGACCUGAUCCAUGGGCUCGAGAACGCCGAUAGCGUGCUCCAGCACGUGCGGACAAACGCCAGUCCCGAGGUUCUCGAGCUGUACAAGCACGCCCUCAACGAGAGCAAGUCUUGCGGAAUCGUACGGGCCAAGGACUCGGCAGGAAUUCUGAUCGGCACCGUCAUCAUUUGUCGUCAGAACUGUGCGCUCGCCACAUACAUUCCUUCGCUCCUGUCUCACGCGGGCAAUGUCGGCGGCAUCAUCGCGCCCGUUGUAUCCCCCACGCCGCAGUCAACGCUCGUUCUUGAAGGUCUCGCCCUCAUGGGUGUUCGGCAAUGCAAGAGCUACAAGUCCUCCAGGGUACUGCUCAGCUGGGUUGUCGACGACGCAUGCGAACCGAUGCGAUUGAUGGGCUUCGAGACCCUUCAGGUGUUUGAGGAGAUUACAAACUCGCCCGAAGUGUACGUGCCUCAUGUCGACGGAUGGGUGGAUGCAAACCGCUGA